CCAAUGGGAUCCACUUCAUGAACACGCGUUUCUACGACACACACGCCCCAGGAACUCUCCCUGCUCCACUUUAUUUACGUCCUGUUCCCUGAAGAAGCUGAGGAUCAUGGCUCUCCGUGUUUUAGAGAUCAUCUUCUUCUUUUAUUUCGCUUCUCACAUCCCGAUCACUUUAUUCAUCGACCUGCAGGCUCUGCUGCCCGGGCAUGUGUUCCCUCAGCAGCUGAAGGAUCUUCUUCACUGGUAUGCAGAGGACUUCAAAGACCCCAUGGUUCUGGAUCCUCCUGAGUGGUUCAGGUCUUUUAUUUUCUGUGAAGCUUUGGUUCAGCUGCCUUUCUUCCCCAUCGCUGCAUAUGCUUUCCUGAAAGGCGGCUGUAAGUGGAUCAGGACUCCCGCCAUUAUUUACUCCACACAUGUCGCCACCACGCUGGUCCCGAUCCUCGCUCACAUCCUCUUCUAUCAGUUCCCUCUGGAACCCCACGCCGGACCCCAGACCCUGAAGGAGCGCUGGCUGCUGGUCUCCAUCUACGCUCCGUACCUGCUGAUACCCGUGCUGCUGCUCCUCACCAUGCUGUUCUCCUCCUCGUACAACACCACCACUAAAGCCAAAAAGAAGUGAACCCAGGGAUUUAAAUAACUCUGAUUUUAUGAGAUGUUGUUCUAUUUUUAUGAUUCUGUGUGUUUGUUGUACAAAUAUUCAUGAAGCUGAGACUCAGACUGAAAUACACUGUGAAUUUAAGGACAUUUUCAUUGUUUUAUGAGCAAAAGUGUGCCUUUGAUACUUGUUUUGAAAGUAAACACUUGUUUGUUGAA